ACACACGCCAUUAACAACAGAGCAAAAGCAACGAGAAGACCCUUCUUCUCUUCUUCAUAUCUCUCUCUCUUUCUCUUUCGUACACACAAAAAAAAAAAAUGGCGGAACUUGAGAAUCCAAGUGUAAUGUCGAAGCUAAUAGCAUUCUUAUCCUCAUUGCUAGAGCGAGUUGCUGAGUCAAACGAUCAGACCAGGCGAGUGACGACUCAGUCACAAAGGGUAUCGGUGUUCCAUGGACUGAGUAGACCAACCAUAACGAUUCAGAGCUAUCUCGAGAGGAUCUUCAAAUACGCUAAUUGUAGUCCUUCUUGCUUCGUCGUGGCUUACGUUUAUCUCGACCGUUUCACUCACAGACAACCUUCACUCCCCAUCAAUUCCUUUAACGUUCAUCGUCUCCUCAUCACCAGUGUCAUGGUCGCUGCUAAGUUCCUCGAUGAUCUGUACUACAACAAUGCGUAUUACGCGAAAGUGGGAGGAAUAAGCACGAAAGAGAUGAACUUUCUGGAGCUGGACUUCUUAUUCGGGUUAGGGUUUGAAUUAAACGUGACGCCAAACACAUUCCACGCUUACUUCUCUUAUCUUCAGAAGGAAAUGACUCUUCUUCAACCUCUCUCUCUCGUUGUUGUCCCAUCAUCAAGAUCUGUCAUUACCUUCAACGACGAUGAAGCUUCUCAUCAGAAACAGCAACUCGCUGUUUGAGUUUCACUACAAACUUCCAAAAAACAAAUCUUCCAAUCUUUCUUCUUUUUGUUUUGUCUCUUUUCCAAAACAUUUUCGCCUUUUUUUUAUAUAUUAUUAUGAAUUGUGUAGUUGUAGAUGAUGUAGAGAUUAGUCGGCAGGGCCUCUUAUCUUGUCUUAAUCAAUCUCCGAUUAAGAUCAUAAAUAAGAAAUCCAAAAAUCAAACCAGUGAGUUCUUGUCUA